AUGUCAUUAUCCAAAGGCGCUUUGAAACAAGCAUUUUCCAAAGAUGGCUAUGAUAAAGUUCAAAUGCCAAUGAUCCUUCAAAUUACCAACAUUAAGUCGGUAGAUUUACCAAAUGAUGUUAAAAAGUAUAGAAUAUUAUUGAACGAUGGCGUCUAUUCUACCCAUGGGUUAAUUGAUGAAACAUGUAAUGAAUAUAUCAAAAACAACAAUUGUCAAAGAUACUCAAUUGUUCAGGUCAACUCGUUUUCCAUUUUUGCUACUCAGAAACAUUUCUUUGUUAUAAAGAAUUUAGAGAUAUUAUCACCAACUAGUGAAAAAUCCUCCGUCCCGUUGAUUCCUCUUGAUACUUAUUUUGCUGAACAUCCAAAUGAGGGACAUUUGACAUUAACUAAGAAAUCAGAAGGUGAUUCUCCAGCUCCUGCUACUCCAUCAAUUCCACAAGCUACUACUGCCUCUGUACAACCUUUUCAAGCCCAAGUUAAACAACCAGUUCCAGCUAAUACUGCUGCUUCUGCUCGUGGACCAGCUCCACGUACAUUGUCUAUAGAAUUGAUUUCACCUUAUCAAAAUAACUGGACAAUCAAAGCCAGAGUCUCUUACAAGGGUGAUCUUAGAACUUGGUCUAAUAGCAAAGGUGAAGGUAAAGUUUUUUCUGUCAAUUUCUUGGACGAAUCCGAUGAAAUCAAAGCUUCGGCUUUCAAUGAAACAGCUGAAAGAGCGUACAGAUCUUUAGAAGAAGGUAAAGUAUAUUACAUAUCUAAGGCUCGUGUUCAAGCUGCUAGGAAAAAGUUCAACACAUUAUCUCAUCCAUAUGAAUUGACUUUAGAUAGAGAUACAGAAAUCACUGAAUGUUUUGAUGAGUCUGAUGUCCCUAAACUCAACUUUAAUUUUGUCAAGUUGGACCAAGUACAGAAUUUAGAAGCCAAUUCCAUUAUCGAUGUUAUUGGUGUUUUGAAAACAGUCCUUCCUCCAUUUACCAUCACUGCCAAAUCCACCGGUAAAGAGUUCAACAGAAGAAAUAUUUCUAUUGUCGAUGAAACUGGGUUCAGUGUAGAACUUGGAUUGUGGAACAACACUGCUAUGGAUUUCAGCGUUGAAGAAGGUACUGUUGUUGCUUUCAAAGGAUGUAAAGUUACCGACUUUAAUGGUAAAACUUUGAGUUUGACCCAAGCUGGUUCGAUUGUUCCAAACCCUGGCACCCCAGAAAGUUUUACAUUAAAAGGAUGGUAUGAUAAUGUUGGUGUCAAUGAACAAUUUAAAACAUUAAAGACUGAUAAAAAUUCCGGUGAUAGAAUUGCCCAAAGAGUUUCAAUUGCUCAAGCACUCGAGGAGCACGUGGGUACGGGAGAUAAACCUGAUUAUUUUUCAGUGAAAGCUAGUAUCACUUUCUGUAAACCAGAUAAUUUUGCUUACCCUGCUUGUACAAAUCAAGUACAACACGGAGACGGUUCUAGACCACCCCAACUUUGUAAUAAGAAGUUGAUUUACCAAGAUCAUGAUGGAACAUGGAGAUGUGAAAAAUGUGACGCCAAUUAUGACCAAGCUGCUUACCGUUAUAUCUUGAGUUGUUCCGUCACUGAUAGCACGGGACAAAUGUGGUUGACAUUGUUUGAUGAACAGGCAAAGAAAUUACUUGAUAUUGAUGCCACGGAAUUGCAAAGAAAGAAAGAAGAAAAUCCUGACGCUGCUAGUGCAAUUUUUACUUCUGUAUUGUUCAAAGAAUUUGUCUUCAGAGUUAGAGCUAGACAAGAUACGUAUAAUGAUGAAUUGAAAACCAGAUACCAAGCUGCUGGACUUUACGAUAUUAAUUAUACUAGUGAAGCAGAAUUUUUAACCAAAGAGUUGGAUCAACUUUUGUUAUAA